AUGUCUUCCUCCUUGUCUGCCAUGGGCAAACGCCUGUCUGGCAAAACUAUCCUCGUCACCGGCGCCUCCUCUGGCAUCGGUCGCAGCGUCGCCCAGGAAUUUGCUCGCACAUCCCCGGAAGAUCUGAAGAUUAUCAUUACUGCCCGCCGGGUCGAGACGCUCAAGCAAGUCGCCGUGGAGAUCAACAAAGAAGUCGGUAACGGGGUAAAGGUCUUGCCUGUCAAGUUGGAUAUCUCAAAAUCUGAGGAAAUCAGCAGUUUUGUGGGAAAUCUGCCAGUGGAGUUUAGAAAUAUUGAUGUCUUGGUGAACAAUGCCGGUUUGGUCAAGGGCAUGGACAAAGCGCCAGACAUCAGACCUGAAGACAUGGAGAUCAUGUUCUUGACCAAUGUGACUGGUCUGAUCAAUAUGACACAGGCCAUCCUGCCCAUCAUGAAAGCAAAAAAGGGAGACAGCGGAGAAGAUGUCGGAGGCAGAGGGGACGUCAUUAUGAUCGGCUCUAUUGCAGGGAGGGAGGGUUAUCCUGGUGGAAGUAUCUACUGCGCUACAAAAGCCGCAGUGAGAACAUUUACAGAUGCCCUUAGAAGGGAGCUGAUUGCCAGCCGCAUAAGAGUCAUCGAGGUGGAUCCUGGACAGGUCGAGACUGAAUUCUCCAUUGUCCGCUUCGGCGGUGACAAAGCCAAAGCCGACGCCGUCUACAAAGGCGUGGAGCCCUUGACCCCGGACGACAUCGCAGAGGUUGUUGUAUUUGCUGCCGGAAGGAGGGAAAACGUCGUCCUUGCAGACUCGUUGAUCUUCCCGAACCACCAGGUCAGGCUCUGCCCCCUCUCAUUCACACGCGUUGCAGUUACUUCGAAGUGUUGUUGGCAAGCAAUGUCUAUUCUGUAG